GUGAUCAGCGAGUACCGCGCCCUCCACCGGAAGCACCUCCAUGUACUCUUGCAAAAGCAGAUCCAGAACCUCAACCUCUCAUUCGGAAUGGGAGACUCUUAUCAUGGAUUUGAAUUUAUGAAGCAACGUUGCAAGGUGACCUGCUGACAUCAUGACUCGCAGACGUUAGCUAUGACCUCUGGGCCGUUUUCGAACAUGGCCCAUGUGCCGAAUCCUGUCUGUCUGGAGUUUGCUUGUCUUUUUUUCCGUGAUGGGGCCGUGCCACAGCUUCGCAGCUUCUGGAGGACAUGUUGGAGGAAGUGAAACACGUGACACACCUACGUCGCCAUCACCUGCACAUCCUUCUCACCCCUCUCCUCACAAACUGGUCCUCGCACGGCAUUGGAGAUCUCCUCACCGCCUUCAGACUCUUAGCUGCGCGCUGCAAGAGCCUCAAACAGUUGAAUAUCUCGUACCUGAGGCACAUGAACCCCAGUGUCCUGAUGGGACUCGUGCCUUGCUUCUCGAACUUGGUGAGCCUCAACCUCAGGAUGACACUCACCGUAGACCAGCUGCUACGUCAGAUAGGACGGGCGUGUCCUGACCUCCGCGAGCUUAAUCUUGCCUCCACCCCGAUCACGGACAGAGGACUGGUGCAACUGUGCGUCGCCGACGACGGCCAUCGCCUGUGCCAGAACCUUCUUCGACUCUUCGUCGCAGACACUGCAGUAUCGACUGGCGGCGCGACAGUGGUCCUCCAGUCCCUGCCCAACCUCCGAGAAUUCGAUUACGAUCAGAUAUUCGACGUUCUGGAGUUGGUGGAAAACUGGGAUCAGGGGCUGGAAUCACGGCUGCUGAUGGGAGCAGGAGUUCGACUGAGCGCCGAGCCAACGUUGCCCCCUUCACAUAUCCGCCUCACAACGCUCAUCUCAGUAGCCGAGCACGUCUGCGUCCAAGGCCUCGAAGCUGCUGCUCGUCUGUGCCCUGAAACUCGCUCUGUUACACUGUCCAACGCUUGGCUCCCCAGUGAGGCCCUCUACAAAUUAAUGGUGAUGGAACACCUCACGUCAAUCUCUCUAACAAACUCCGAAGGACUCACUUUAGACUUCCAUGAAGGUGUUUUGCCUCUGCUUGCUGUAUGCGGACACAGACUUCAAAAUCUUAUCCUUACCAAUUUUACAUCUGUUGACAUUACAGGUGAGCUGCAAACAAUGUCAAAUUAUAUGUGAAUUUGAGGUCCUCACAGUCUCCAUAAACCAUCAACUACUCAAAACUAUCCAAAAGUCUGCAUGCACUUCUUGCCCGCCCUCUCAGAGUGGUAUGUCCAGCCCGCCGACACCUCAAUCAGUGGACUAUUGCAAAAUUCUUCCCGCCUAAAGAAACAACUUUGGUCUUGAUACGAUUCAUGGAACGCGCUUUUUCUCCUGAGCUGCAGAAACCACACUGAAAGGAAACACGCCCAUAAUCUUUUUUUUUUCAGUUCUGACAGAUCUAAAAAUUUAUACGAUUUCCAGAAACUGUAAAAUGUGGAAGAACUGGACAACCCGAAAAAUUCUCAACUAACUCUCUCAUCCAGAAACCUGAGCACUCCCAGAAAAUACAGAGUUUUGCCACACAAACCUAAACAUUCUUUACUUCAGCCAUGGGCACGUUCAAAAGCAAACUAAAUAUAGAGACUUAGAUAAUAAUGUACUGGUUGAUCAGGCCUAAUGCACUUCUCAGAGGCAGUGACAGAUGAAUAUGGAGCACUGUUAAACGACUGUAGAAAAAUGCCGAAGUAACCAGCGGUACUGCAGUCUGUCACAAUUCCACGUUAAAUACCUGAAAUAAAUCUCAACUGACACAGAGAGGAAUCUGAUCAGUGGCACUGCUGC